AGCCGCAGCCGCAGCACACAACGCACUCAUCAACCAGAGCAGCCACUCGAGUCGGCUCGAUCCCCAAUCCCCUCUCCUUUUUUUCUCUUCCCCACGCCGCCUCCCCCCCUCCGCAUCCGGCGCGGCGACCGGCAGAGGAGCCGGAGGAGGCGGCGGUUGCUCGGCCCCCGGCCCGCGGAGACGUAGACGACGCCGCCGCCGAGGACGACGGUGACAGUGAGUCAGUGACAAGGCGGUGAGGUGUGGUGCGGGCCGACGAUGGCAUCGACCCCGCCGCCGCGAGAUCUCGCGCGCCUCGACCCCGCCGCCCCGCCCACGCGAGAUCUCGCCGGUCUCGCCCUGGCCGCCGAAAGAUCUCGCCGGCCCCGCCCUCGCCACGGCUCUCACGCGGCCACGCCGUCAGGCCAGUCGCCUGACCGGCGCGGUUCAUCAUCAUCCGCCUGUAAAGACUUCCUCCGGAAGUUCGUGGACAACGAGCUUCUGACGGCAAGCCUAGAGGAUUGGUUUUCUGGGGACAGCGAGGACUGCGGUUUCCGGAAGCCGGCUUUCGAUGUUCCUUUUGACCUUGCCGAGCUGCAGAAUUUUGACUAUGCUCUGGAAGGUGUUACUUUUCAGCAGCUAGUGCGGAUGCCCAACGCUCUUCAUGCGUCCACAUCGGAUGUUUUUGAAGCUACUGCGCACCUUGCCCUGGAGGAUUUUCUGCACGCUGGCAUCAAGGGACUCUGGGAAGCUUUCUGGGGUCCUGAGGAAGCUAUGCCUUUCUCUGUUGCUUGCAUACACAGCACGAGCUCCAGAUUUUACCCUGCCGAGAAGGCUAUUGGCAGCGGAAAACUCGAUGGUGUCUGUGCGACAGCUGUGCUGCUCAAGAAUUCAAAGCAUUCGCAAGGGAGAUGGGAUCAUAUUGUUGUGUUGGCUUUGUUGAGACCUGAUAUUGGAAUGGUUUCUGUGCAGAGUGACCAGCAUCUGUCUCCUGCUGUCCUGGGGGAGGCGCUAUUCUUUGCACUUCGUGUAUUGCUUUCUCGGAGCCUCAGCAGGUCCUCCACUGUCCUUCGAAAUUCAGAUUCUGUUUACGUGCUCCUCGUAGACUCACAGUUUGGAGGAGUGGUCAAUGUCCAAGGCGAUCUGAACAAGCUAAACUUUGAUUUGAACAAUGUUUAUGAGUGUGCUGCUGAAUGGAUAAAAAAGGAUGCCAAAAUUACAGUUUCUUCCGUUGACCGGGUAUGGAAUAAACUUGGGAAUGCUAACUGGGGAGACAUUGGGACCCUUCAAGUUCUCCUUGCAGUUUACCACUCAAUGGUCCAAUUCUGCGGAGCACCAAAGUAUUCUCUCGAUGAACUGGCCACAGAGCAUAGUUCCAGGCUACAGAGUCGAAGAUCGGAGAGACACUUGGUCGACAGACAAUCCAAUGGAAACGGUCUGUUUCGGUUCCAGCAGCGAAGUCAUUCUCCUGAAAUUGUUGAAGUGCAGGAGGAAGGCACUGUAGAUGUAAAACCAGAUGAAAUCUUGAAGCUUGAGAUAGGGUCCAUUGUCUUCAUGGAAGAUUCUAACUGCCAGAAGGGUUUUCAAAUCAAUGAUAUUCGAACAGAAAGUGAGCCUCCUAUUUAUGGUGCUGUUCCUGUGGAAGAGCCUACCAAAUCCUAUUUGCUGUAUGUAGGUUCCAGUCCUUCUCAUCUGGAGCCAGCAUGGGAGGAUAUGAAUUCCUGGUACCAAGUUCAAAGACAGACGAAAGUACUGACCUUGAUGAAGCAAAGGGACAUUUCUAGCAGAUACAUACCACAGAUGGUAGCUUCUGGACGUGUAGGCCAUCCAGGCCCGUGCAACAAGCCGAACUCCAGUGGGAGUUGUGGUCAUCCACUGUGCAGCACUCCAAUCCUUGUCACCUCACCAGUUGGGGAGACCAUUUCAAAUCUGAUACGGAACGGAUUGUUUGGUGUUGAGGAGGCUCUGAGAUGUUGCCAUGACUGUUUAUCUGCUCUUGCUGCUGCAUCAUCUGCGGGAAUCCGUCACGGUGAUAUCCGGCCAGAAAAUGUGAUCCGUGUCAGCAAUGGUUCAAGGCAACCACAUUUUGUACUUAUUGGAUGGGGUCAUGCUAUCCUAGAAGAUAGGGAUCGACCUUUGAUGAAUCUAUUCUUUUCAUCUACUUUUGCUCUUCAGGAAGGGAAGCUAUGUGCCGCAUCUGAUGCUGAAAGUUUAAUAUACCUUUUAUAUUUCUCGUGUGGUGGAGUCUGCCCAGAGCUUGACUCGGUUGAAGGUGCACUUCAAUGGAGAGAGACAUCAUGGUCAAGGAGAGUUAUACAACAGAAGUUGGGUGAUGUUGCAGCAGUUUUGAAAGCAUUUGCAGAUUAUGUUGACAGCCUUUGUGGGACCCCGUACCCAAUGGACUAUGAAAUAUGGUUACGAAGGUUCCGAAGAACAAUAAAUGAAGAUCAUGGGAAGGAGGUUGACACAUCAAGUUAGUACUGCAGCACAUGCUCUUACAAAAUUGCAACAUGGAAGAUGAAGAACAGUGUUUCAUACCUUGUAUUGUUGUUGUAGAUAAUUUAUCUGUAGAGUUGUAGGUCUUGUGAAAGGUCCAUAUAGCUCAUAGUACCCUUGUCGGUCUUGAUCCAUUUCACCUGACGGGUACUUGAAAACGUCCAAUCUGGCGACCUGCUGCCGAUCUCAACUUGGAUUUCUGACUGUAUACCCUCCCAAGAAUGCAGUAGAGAUCCUUGAGGAUAUCUGCAACAGGAUGUGUUCUGGAAAUGCUCUUCUCCAAGUUGGUGAGCUGCUCUUUGGCUGAUGUCAUCGGUCGUCUUGACCAGUGCCUCAAUCAAAUGUUGAAACUUAUAAGUGGUAGGCAAAUGUGGAUCUCAAAGUGUGGUAUAGUCAGCAAAUUUGUGCUCACUUUUCUUUUUGAAAUUGCACCAGAAUGGAUUUGUGAAUUGUGAUUAGAGGUGGUGAGGCAUAGUUAGCAGCAUUUUGUUCUGACUAAAUUAUUCUUUUGGUGAGGGGGCGCAGUGGUCAGGUGCACCCAAGUUCUUGUAAAUGCUGGUCACGGUUCAGCCGUUCAAAUUCCUGUCCUGCAAUUGCUGGGUGUUGAUUUGUGCGUUAACCCUGACUUUGCCUGUGCGUGGAGAAAUAUUCUUGUGAUGUUUUGGUUUGAA